GACGUUGUGUCCCAGAAUCCUCGCAGAAGGAGACUUCUCGUAUUUGCUGCUCCAUGCAGAGAGGUGUGGAACGCCUGGGCAACGUGGUUCGCCUGCCUGCGGGGAGGCGAGGGCGUUUGUGCUCCCCCGCGUCUGAGGCCUAGCGGACCUUCAGUGGCCGAAAGUUAGUCUUUUGCAGUGGCGUAAGGGCUCGCGGCUGGCCGCGUAGCGCCCUAACCUGGCCUCACCAUGUUGGUCCUCUUUGAAACGUCCGUUGGCUACGCCAUCUUUAAGGUCCUGAAUGAGAAGAAACUUCAAGAGGUUGAUAGUUUGUGGAAAGAAUUUGAAACUCCAGAGAAAGCGAAUAAAAUAGUAAAGCUAAAACAUUUUGAGAAAUUUCAGGAUACAGCAGAAGCAUUAGCAGCAUUCACAGCUCUGAUGGAAGGCAAAAUCAAUAAGCAGCUGAAGAAAGUUUUGAAGAAAAUAGUAAAAGAAGCCCAUGAACCUCUGGCUGUAGCUGAUGCUAAACUAGGAGGGGUCAUAAAGGAAAAAUUGAACCUCAGCUGUAUCCAUAGUCCAGUUGUUAAUGAACUUAUGAGAGGAAUCAGAUCGCAAAUGGAUGGCUUGAUUCCAGGGGUAGAGCCACGUGAGAUGGCAGCCAUGUGUCUUGGAUUGGCCCAUAGCCUGUCUCGAUACAGAUUGAAAUUCAGUGCUGAUAAAGUGGACACAAUGAUUGUUCAGGCAAUUUCCUUGUUAGAUGACUUGGAUAAAGAACUAAACAACUACAUUAUGCGGUGUAGGGAAUGGUAUGGCUGGCAUUUCCCUGAGUUAGGGAAAAUUAUCUCAGAUAAUUUGACAUACUGCAAGUGUUUACAAAAAGUUGGGGACAGGAAGAAUUAUGCAUCUGCCUCUCUUUCUGAACUGCUGCCUGAGGAAGUAGAAGCAGAAGUGAAAGCAGCCGCAGAGAUCUCGAUGGGAACUGAGGUUUCUGAAGAAGAUAUCUGCAACAUUCUACAUCUGUGUACUCAGGUAAUUGAAAUUUCUGAGUAUAGAACUCAGCUGUAUGAAUAUCUGCAAAAUCGAAUGAUGGCCAUUGCACCUAACGUUACAGUCAUGGUUGGAGAGUUAGUUGGAGCACGGCUUAUUGCUCAUGCAGGUUCUCUUUUGAAUUUGGCCAAGCAUGCAGCUUCUACAGUUCAGAUUCUUGGAGCAGAAAAAGCACUUUUCAGAGCCCUCAAAUCUAGACGAGAUACACCAAAAUAUGGGCUUAUUUAUCAUGCUUCUCUUGUAGGCCAGACAAGUCCCAAACACAAAGGAAAGAUUUCUCGAAUGCUGGCAGCCAAAACUGUUUUGGCUAUCAGAUAUGAUGCUUUUGGUGAAGAUUCCAGUUCUGCAAUGGGAGUUGAGAACAGAGCCAAAUUAGAGGCCAGACUGAGGAUUUUGGAGGACAGAGGGAUAAGAAAAAUAAGUGGAACAGGAAAGGCAUUAGCAAAAGCAGAAAAGUAUGAACACAAAAGUGAAGUGAAGACUUACGAUCCCUCUGGUGACUCCACACUUCCAACUUGUUCUAAAAAACGCAAAAUAGAAGAGGUAGAUAAAGAGGAUGAAAUUACUGAAAAGAAAGCAAAAAAAGCCAAGAUUAAAAUUAAAGCUGAAGUAGAGGAGGAGAUGGAGGAGGAGGAGGAGGAGGAGGCGGAGGAAGAACAGGUAGUAGAAGAGGAGCCGACUGUAAAGAAGAAAAAGAAGAAGGAUAAAAAGAAACACAUAAAGGAAGAGCCACUUUCCGAGGAGGAGCCAUGUACCAGCACAGCCGUUCCUAGUCCAGAGAAAAAGAAGAAAAAGAAGAAAAAGAAAGAUGCUGAAGACUAAUAUAAAGGAACCAUAAUCCUGUCACCCGGAACACAUCAUGUUUAAGAUUCAUUUGGGAGCAUAUCAGAUGCUCUAAAAUAAUCAAGGGAGGUUGAUUAUCUGUAGCUUUUCAGGCUUUUUUGUGUCUUGACAUCAACUGUUAACCUUAGAGUCUUUGAUACACAAAUAAAAAUAUUUUCUUUGUAUUAUAA